ACCUCUGCUUCGAAUCCUGCCUCCUGCCUCCCAUUCUCCUGCCAGCCAUUGCCCCAUCUGCGAUUCUUAUUUUUCCUGAAGCCAGCCAGGCAGGUUUCUGGUGGAUUCGCCCUGCAUCUUUUGUUUCCUCGUCUCUUAUUUCUAGCUCCUGGCUUCCCACCCCCCUUCCCCCCACCCGACCUCUUUAACCUGCGCUCCGAUCCCCCUUGUCCUCAAUUCUUCCGCGAGCACUUGACUCUCGCGUGCCCUCAUAUACAUGAAGCCGUGUGUCACCGCUUGCUGGCCACGGGGUCGGAUUUGCGGCAUGGAAGUUUCAAUAUCGGCAUAGUAAUCUCAACCCGUUGACCCGCCUCGUCCCCACAACACACCAACGCCGCCAUGGGGAACGCUCCCUCCGCCGAUGUCCAUCGACGGCCAACACAUAAGCUCUCUAAGCCUCGAACGGGCAACUACGCUACAGCUGGCCUGUUAAGCCCCAAUGGCUUGUCGAACAGCACAGAACGCUUCUCCUACCCCCGCCUGAGCUCUCAACCCCUCCCUCUCUCGCCCGAAGCACCCCCAACAACACCAACCUCUGCUGUCACCUUGGACGGCUCUAGGGGUCUCGAACACCCGGCGGAUCAAAUGGUGAUGGUGGUGACCGUCCAGCAGAGGGAGCCUAGAAGUUGGAGCCUGUUCCGCUCCCUGUCUUCGCAGGGGACGUCAGGCAAAUCGCGAAGUCGGCAUAGCGGUCUUGGAAGGAGGAAUUCACGCACGGCGGACAAGCUAAGCAGGGCAAACUCUAUGCCCUACGAGUCCUCACUUGGCUCGCAAUAUGGACCACAGGGCACCGAACACUGGCCACUUGCCGGUUCACGCACAUCGUGGAAUUACGACAUGGGAUCCUACGAGGCGAAGAGGCUAUUAAACGUCGCUGAGGACGCGCCAUUUGAACAAGCCACCACAAUGUCGGAGAACAGAAUGGGAACGAUUUCCGAGGUGACAUGGAAGAGCUCGAACCCUACCAAGCGCCAGGCCGCGAGUACACCGAUAAGCCGAGCAAACUCGGACUUGUCACUGUACACUCCAGUCCGGAGGCGGUCAAUAAUACAGACACCAGGCGUGGCAACACGCGCCCGUGAAAGCCCUGCUCCAUCGUUGCCGAAUUUCCGCUACAGCCAUCCCCCGACACCAAGCCUCUCGCGGAUGCAGUCCUUUGAGUCAACCAGGAGUGUUAUAGUCUCGAUGCCUCCGCGGCUAACAGAUGAGUACUCUGUGCCACGAGUGGUGACGCCUUGUGAAGAUGACUAUCAAUCAAUCGGAGCUUAUAAGCUAGGCUCACUCCGAAUCACAAAUGGUGCUGCUAGCCCUGGCAGCCCUGAACCGGGCAAGUCCCAUAGGAGGGAAGAGAUCGACCAAGAUGCCUCUAGGCACCAGGUAGAUUACUUUACGCAGUCGCCGGUUCUUGCAUCACAGGGUGAGGCAGGGUGGACCCCGGGUGACAGGGGAUACGCAGCAUCAGAAUCGUCGGUGGGGAUCCAAUCACCCCGACCCCUUGCCUUGGAUCUCAGCCCCAUCGCCAUAUCCUUCCAAGACGCAGUUUCCGGAAAGGACAAGUCGGAUUCAGGUUCAAUUGUCAAAGGCUUGUCUCCCAUCAUCACCGAGGUCACGCAGGCGAUACCGGAGUACCUGGCCGAGAUAGCGUUCUCCCCGUUCUCCUUGCUUGACUCCAGGCCCGCCAGCCCCGAGCUUCAAACCACAUCCAAACACACUGCUCUGGAGGACCAGCUAUUUGAGGAAGAUGGCCAUCCCGAGUAUCCUACAGUCGAGACUUUGGACGUACGUUUGGAUCCCAAUGCCAGAUCGGUGUCGGAAGCAGUGACAGACGACUCGAAAACGCGCCUCGAGCACAUAGCAAGGACAGACAGUGGGUUUGUCUCCACUGCCAGCCCCUCGUCCGAAUACUCGCACCGGCCGCUGACCAAGGCGGACUCGGGCUACGGUUCUAACGUGUCCCUACGGUCGUUCAACAAUUCGAAGCAAAGCAUGCCGGAAAAUGAAUUCUCUCAGUCUCUCGACCAGAAGCUCAUGCUGACAAAGUCAAAGUUUGCUUCAAGCGAAAGCAACGAGAACCCUCCACGCAGCCCGGUGGUGUUGAUGUCGAACGAACUUGCUAUGCACCCACCUGUGCGAGAGGCACCCCCUCCUCCUGUGCCGCCGAAAGACUACAUUGCGAGGUCCCCUUCCAAGGCCAAUGGCUCAGGCAUGGGAAAGAGCCUCCAUGGAAGUGUGCGGGCUAAAGAAUCCCGGCUCUCUUCCCUAAGUAUGUCUCGGCAAUCCAGACACACUCCGUCGCCAAUCCUCAGUCUGCGGUCGAGCGACAGCGUGCAAAAGUCUCCAGUCUCUUCGCCCAAAACCCCGCUAAGUGGCAAGUCGGAUACUUCUACUUCUGCUCUCAGCAUCGGAAGCGGAUCACACAAGCCAACCAAGCUUCAGAGGCUUUUGAGCAGCGCGCGCCGGGCUUCUAACGGCCCACCAAUGGUCCAUGCCACGCACGCCCUCGACAAGACCGCCAUCCCAUCCAUCCCGCGGGAUGUAGAAACCAAGUUGCGUGAGCACAACGGGCUGUUCCCUACCGCUGCCAAGCGACUCGCAUUGAAGCCGCAACUGAGUAGGGAUACCCUCAAGACAAUCUUCAGCGUGGAUAGUUUUGAGCAGAGCCUUGAUGCCUUGGCCGGCGUCCCCUCUGUGCCCACAGUUGCUGAGAUGCCUUCUGACGAGACGACUGAGACCAAGGAUCCGCCCCGGAAGCAUGCCGUCCUGGAGCUACCUGCCCCAAUUGCCCACGCGGCUGCUCAUCUGUUCUCUGGGAAGCCAAUCACGCGGAAACCUGUUCCCACCCGGCAUUUAUCUUUGAGAGAGAGGGAAUUGCCGAGAGAUGACGAGCGCGAUGCGAGUCCCCCUGUCGAAGCCGAGCUAAUCUCGUACAACUCGCUCAACAAUAUCCUGGGUGACAACGCGUAUGACGCGGCACUAAAAGCCAUGGCGGAUGGGCAGCACGCUUACUUCUCGCCAACAAAGCCUGGCAGGACCAUGAGCCUGACAUCUUCCUCGGACAGGAACUGGAACAUCCGAAAAAUGCCACACAAAUCCAAGUCAUCCACGUCUCUUGCUGAUCCGGGCAUCGCUUACCUACCGAGUCCUCUCUUGCCAAGGGAGCUGGAUCCUCCGAAACGGCUGAAUGCCCCGCCUCCCGUCAGUAUGAUGACGAGGAGGCCAAUGUCUCUGAGGGUUCCCCCAUCGCUGCGACAACAGCCCGCCCACGCCGAUCCUGCCCAACAAGCAUUGUCUCGUAAGGCCAGCCGCGAGGAGAUUCAUAGUUAUCCCUCGUCGAAUGGCCCGACACUGACUCGUAAAGUCAGCCGAGAAAGCUAUCCGCCAUUUCAGCAAGCCGUGGCCCUGAGCGUUGAAGAGAUGUUGAGCUCUCCGCCUCCCAUUCCGCCACAGAACCCCCGAAGGUCUCUAUCACUCCAUAGGCCCCAGCAGUACGCUGGGUCUCAGCAGAUGGCCCCGAACUGGGAGGUUCAGGUCGAUCAUGAUUUCUCUGGCCGAUCGAAUAGGUCUUCGUCUGAGCACGGCGGCAGAGCCAACUCGCUUUCUUCCAGUCAGAGCCACAAUGGCCGAUGGGUUCAGCGGCCAUCCAGUGCCCAGGCGUACCGAGCUCCUCCCAGCGCUCCCCCACCACUCAGACACCGAUCGAGCCACGAUGACUUCGGCCGUAGUCAGCGCAGUGGCUUCGCCCCAUCCAUGUCAAAUGGAUAUACCGCUCCCCCACCGCCUCAACUCGAUCCUUGGACCAGCCAUCAAUUCGGUCCUGCAUCGCAACAAUGGGAUCAAUACGGCCGAUACCCAUACGUUCCUCGUGGACACCACCGGAAUCGCAGCGUGGGCAACGGAUACGGUAAUCCAGGGGUGGUACCGUACCGGGUGUUACACAGCUACAACUCCCCGGCUUAUCGUCAUGUCCCUAUCUGGGGUUAAGGGCCCUGCCCGUCAUUCAUUACUAGCACUAUGUUUCUUUUUGUUUUCAUCCUUCCUUUUUGGUCAUUUCGUGUCUCGCGAGAUACUCCACCAUUCCACCAAGCAUCUAAUCUGCAUCCUUGGCGUUUGUCAGUGACACCCUAUGGCCCCGGAAAGCAAGAGCAGUCAAUGCGACUUUGGGUCUUCUUUCCUAGCAUUCCUUUUUCCACGUUCCGCGGUUUACACCGUGGAUUUGUACAAGUACUUUAUGGGUCACGGUUUACGGAGACAAAUCUUCUGUCUCGAUGAGGAGCGUGGCGUUACCGUUUCUAUGCUUUUAUUUUCUUGACCACAA